GUCUGUGGAGAGCGGAGCCAGGCGUUCAGCAGGAGCAGCAUAGUGCGUCGAGCGGAGAUGGAGGUAGAGCUGACCGGCUGUGAGCUCGCGUAAAGACAGCAGCCGAGCCCGGGGAAUGACCAUGUUUGAUCCCGAAAAGUGAACAACCUUACCGGGAUCGCCUCAGACACGCCAGCGUCAUGACAGCACUCCUGUAUUGAGCCUCUCCUCGGUGGGUUGGCAUGGCCCAGUGAUGAACGGAGCGGUUUUGCCCGGUAGCCCCGAGCUCUCCUCCUCGUGCCCGCUGCCCGACUGGCGAGAGUUCUGUGAGCUCCAUGCUCGAGCCUCUGCUGCAGACUUCGCUGACAAGUUCCAGCGCUUUCUGUCGGAGAACCCCUGCUAUGACUCGCCAGGCGCUGAUGCCAGCUUCUCACAGCACUUUGCCCAACACUUCUUAGAGUGCUUCUCUGCAGCGCUGACCCAGGCCCGGGAAAACCAAGCAUCCUCUCCGGGAGAGGACGGCUCCAACGCAGCGACAAAGUACAGCAUCGUUCCUUUCCUGGGGAUCCAGGGUUGCCCGCUGUCCUACGGUCACGACCUUUACCAGAGACGCAAGGACGCCGGGGCUUCGAGUGAUUCCCUGGACAGUAUGGACAGCGGAGGGGGAGGAAUAAAUGGGGGAGGCAGCGGCACCACUGCCUCCAGGGGCCCUCAGACGACCCACAAGGUCUCCGCUCUCGGACAGUCCCGCAGUUCAGAGGACGUUUCAGUCAGUCACCCAAAGGCUCGAUUCAAGAAGGGCUUCUCCCUGAGGAACAUGAGCCUGUGUGUGGUGGAUGGGGUGAAGGAAAUGUGGCAUAGACGGGCUUCCCCUGAACCUGAUGCUCCCUCUGGGACCAGGAAGGCUAAUGGGGGAGGAGGAGGGGAGGCUGCGGGCGGGGAGAAGUGGUCCCAAAAGCUUCGGCUUCCACGGGGUUCACAAGGCCACAAGGCUGAGCUCCUAGAAAUCCAAAGAGAGGGAGCACUGAGAUACAUGGUGGCUGAUGACACAAACUGUAUGGGUGCUGCACAGUGGCAGAAGUGCCGCCUGCUGCUGAGGAAGGCAAAGAGGGAGGAAGGGGAGAGGUUCCUGCUAGAGUUCUAUGUACCACCCAAGUCCUCAAAGCCCAAAGUUAGCAUCCCUUUAUCAGCCAUUGUGGAGGUGCGGACCACCAUGCCGCUGGAGAUGCCUGACAAGGACAACACGUUUGUUCUUAAGGUGGAAAACGGGGGAGAAUACAUCCUGGAAACCAUCGACUCGCUGCAGAAAAACUCGUGGGUUGCUGACAUCCAGGACUGCAUAGACCCCGGUGACAGCGGCGAUGACAUCGAGUUGGCGUCCUGUCCUCAUGGUCAGGCCUCCAAAGAGUGCUCCAUGGUGGCCUCUUGCAGCUGCGAGCUGCUUUCUGAGGGAGUGUACCGUGCUCCAGAGAGAUCGUGCUCUACAGCAGCAGAGCAUUACAGCACCUCCUCAGUCCGUUGCAGGGAACCUCCUUUCACCCAGCACCCAUCUCACAUGCCUUUAGAGCGCUUCCUCCAAUCCCCAGAGGCCCAGGGCUCCAACUCCUCUGCAGGUGGCAGUGAAGGAUCAAAAGACUCAGACGGAGAUGCCAGUUUGGCAGGUUACCCGUGGUUCCAUGGCACGCUGUCCCGCGUACGUGCAGCUCAGCUGGUGCUUGCCGGUGGGGCGAGAAGCCACGGGCUGUUUGUGAUUCGUCAAAGCGAGACGCGUCCGGGCGAGUACGUCCUCACCUUCAACUUCCAGGGCAAAGCCAAGCACUUGCGUCUGUCAGUUAAUGAGAAUGGGCAGUGCCACGUCCACCACCUCUGGUUCCACACCGUAUCGGACAUGCUGCGACACUUCCACGCCCACCCCAUCCCCCUUGAAUCUGGAGGCUCAGCUGACAUCACAUUACGCUCCUAUGUACAAGUGCAGCGGAGCUCAAACACAGAUGUGACCUCGCCUCCAGUCCUUACUCCAUCCAGGGAUGCAAUGUGCCGAACAGAUUCAGCCCAGCCAGCUCUUCACCUUCCUGGAAUCGCAGCACCUACGGGGCCUCCAUCUGAUGCCCCACUUUCCUCAAGCACCUCCUCCUCACCCACCGCCCUUCCCUCCCUCUCCCGCAGCGACCCAGGUACUGGAGGAGGAGUAGGUGGAGGCUUGCAGAGCCGGAGCAAUAGCUCUGAACGUCUGCUGGAGGCCUCUAGUGGUACAUCUGAUGACUAUCACGAUGCUGAUGGGACUCGCAGGGCCCGGGCUGUGGAGAACCAGUACUCUUUCUACUAAAUGACCCAGGCCAGGUCCAGAAAGUUGGAAGCUACAUUGGGCUCUCCUCUGCUGAUGAUGAAAUUGGUCCAAAUCACUGGAUCACUAAUCGUCCAGUUUGUUGGUUUUUGUUUCAAGGCAAUUUCCUGUUCCUCUGAUUUGACAAGGGAUGGGAUGAUAAUGAUCCUUAGCAGUGUGGCCAUGCUCAUAAAAACCCUCUGCCUCUAUGGAUUUCUCUGUGGAUGCCGGUUAAUGGGAGACAGUGAGGGCUACAGGUAGGUAAGGAUGGGUUAUGGUUGAGAAGGAGCUGUUUAAAAAACAAAACAAAAAAGGCUGUGGUGAAUGUAAUCGUAGGUGGAGAAAGCAAGAGGAAGUCAUCCAGUAGAGUCAUAUGGCUUUGAUUCAUCUCUACUGACCACUUCCCGUUCACCCUUACCCAUAGUUCCCUGGGAGCAGAGCCCGUGUCACCACCCUGCCGAAGGCUUGCGAGUUUAAAAUGACCCCGAAGAAACAGCCCCUCCCUUAUGAGCUCUGUUAAUGUUUGUAAAGCUGCUUUGAGCCCGUCCCGGAUAUCCUCACUUUCCCUGUGGGCUUUCCCUACAGAGUCCUGCUCUGGGUCUUUGCUCUCCACUAACAUAAGUACAGCAAUCAUGGGUGUGUUAGUGUUAGCUUGGAGAUGUUUUUCCCCAAACAUGUACAGCCUAAAGGGUCUUAGUGCCUGACAAUUAUCUGAUUAAUUUACUGUUUGAAACAUACCGAACCUGCAUAUCUCUGCAUACUGAGAGCAUUUUCUUCUACACAGACACACACGGUCAUAUGUUGUGUUACAAAUCAGUUUAAAACUGUUUAAAUGGAACAUGAACAAUAGAAGUCUGCACGAACAGGGAAGCGUGGCUCCAAUUUUGUCGUCCUACUGGGGUAUUUCUAUGAGUGUGUGGUGGUGUAUUAGAGUGCAAAUAUUUUUCGAUGAUCGGUGUGCUACAGUAGUGUUUCUGAAACAUGGUUUUCAGGGUCCCUCCAUCUGGUGACGGUUCUGUAUUCACGCUCAGCAUAUAAAUAACCUGUAGAUUAGAUAUCCUGUUUAUAUAGAUCACAUUAAAGUAACGCCUUGAAAAUAUAAUUAUACCAAAUCCAGCAUUUAUCGGAGGGACUUGGGACAUGUUGUUUUGAAUGGUAGCAGUAUUGUACACUGUAUAUGUGGCCUGCAGGUGAGCUUUUGGGUGUGACCAGGAAUGACACAGUUAAAUAAAGGGUACUACAUGGCCAUGCUUGAAUGGACAGAUAUGGCGUCACUGCUUUAAUUUGUGCCGACAUGGGAAUAAGCUUUAUGCAGAAAAUUAUUCAAGAAAAACAUCAUUUUCACAAAAAGAAAAGUGUGACAUUUUUGGAAAUAUUGCUAAUAACUAAUUAGUGUAAUACCACCAGAGCCCCGUCACUUCCUAUCACUGCCUCUGUUAUACUUACAUUGGCUGCAGCUUACCUGGAGAGUGAAAAGCAGCAAAGUGUUCAAUGAAUGGGACUGAACAGAGCUAAACAUUAGCGGAACUUAUUUGGACCUGCGCCAGAUCAUUUCAAUUUUCGGAAAAUUACUGUCAGUCAUUUUGAUUUUCUUACAGUGGAACAGAUUUUGCUCGUUGCAAGCUAGAGCCAUACGGGAUUUAUGACAGGACAUCCCCCCUCGGAGGCGUGUUUCCAAAGCUGUGACUCGGACUGACAUUAGCACUGUAGUCAAACUAAAACAGAAACUCGCCUGCAUGUAAAAAGCAGUCGGUUAUUGUGGUAAGUGGUGACUGUUGUCAGGUGAUUGCUGGUAGAAAUCGCCCAGUGCUUAUUUGAUGUCUGGAAACCAGACUUGUCACUAGGUGACCCUCUGGAAAGUAAAAACUGAACUAUAUCUAUGGUGUCAGACACUUUUCUCAAAAACAUGAUCAACAUUUGAAAUGCUUUUCGGCCACAUGAAUGUUACAGCUACCACAGGACCAAAGUUGAUUCUGGGCUAUCUUGCAAGUGCCCCGUAGUUCAGGAAGUUCUGUUUCCUGUGAAGCCACGCUGCCAAUAGGUGGCUAAUUUAAAUCAAAGACUGGAAACACAGGGAGCAGUUUUCCUGGCCAAGACUCGCUUGUGUAACAUGUACAACAAUAUGUUCUGAUUGCAUGUUGGACUAAUUUUUGGCUGGAGCUACUUUCCAAGCAACCUGCAAGUUUGCCCAAACAGAGCACACACUUGCAGUUUUGGAUUUGUGCUAAAUAAAGGAGACAUAAAUGAGCCUCGGAGAAGCUCAUAGAUGGAUAUUGUCACCUCGAAUGGAGUCAGCCCAACUUAUCUGAAUCCCCUUUACCUCCAGUCUUAAAACUGGGGCAGGCAACAUGAUUUUGGCACCAGUGAGCAAUAAUCCAAGAAAACUAUGAUUGGAUUCCUGCAUCUCUCAUGGCUUUGUUUUGAAGCUUUAAAAACUCUAACCUGUGGUAGGGAGACUUUGUCCAAUCACAGGUAUUUUCAGGCCAGAUUAAGUCCAUCUGGAAAGUGUUGGCAUAGUAGAUUAAGCAGAACCCUUCAAAGUACGUGCAUAUGCUUGUGCUCAUCAGAUGAAAGGCUCUUGGAUUACAGAGGGCAGAUGAGGAGCUUUUUCCUUCUAGAUUUCCGCCUGUUACACCCUUAUUCUAAUGAAUAAUCUAAAAGAUAAAUUUGGCAACUGCAGCUUCACAUUUCCUGUCAGUCAUCUCAGCAAUCUCUUGCCAAGGCAGUGAACAAGCAUAUUUCCUAACAUGUCAGUCUUUUCUUUCUUUUUCCUUAAAGCAUAAAAAACAGACAGCGCAACAGCCAAGCGAGCAGCUGUUUGUAACAGGUGGCACAUAUGCAACACUUUUCUUCAGUUGUAAUAAACAUAUCAAGCGUUAGCUGCCCCUUCAAGCGCGGCCAUUUAGCCUCACAGGUGAUUGCAGUCGAGGAGCGGACGGAGCGGUUCAUGUGCCAAUUUGAAUCCUAUUUUUGAGACAUAUUUAUUCCUCAGCCGUUGUAAAAUUACAUUUUUCCUAUUGAGUCUUACUUAUGUACAAUUGAUUGAUUCUUCUUGUUUGUUUGCAAGAAAGCCAUCUCACAUAUCGCAGAUUACUCAUCGUCUCCCUUUUAUUUUCUUAACACUCCUACAGCCGAGUUUUUCUGUUGUCUGGCUGAGUUUUGAAGAGUCUGUGCAAUUUUGUACAAAGUGAUGUACUUGACAUACUACUUUAUAUUUCUGUGAAUAAAAUGUGAACAAAC